CCCAAGGUUCAGAGUCAGACGUAUGGCAAUGGGUCAACCCUGAGGAUACAACCAUAACAGGCCUACCGGCCGAACCAACAGCUCCCUACCGCAGAGAUUUGGGUGCGAGGAGCAGAAUCUGUGACGCAACUGGAUUCCACACAACUAGCCAUUUAUGGCCAGCUAUACCGGGAAUACGAGUGCAAUUUGGCUCAAUUCGUACGAUUACGACGCGACCAGAAUAAGAUCAGGGAGUUCAUACUUCGAAUGGUCGAUCGAAGGAAUCAUAUCUACAUUACAAGCACUGAUGGCAUACCGAAGGAGAUGCACUCAAAAACGCAAUGUAAGAUACUGGAAUGGUGGACGUUCGCUGGAUUCAAGUAUAAAAGCAACACAGUAAUAAGAAAAGACGUUCCUGACACCUCAAAUUCGAAUCUAGAACUGGCAAGCUUAGCUAUCGACCUAGGGUCAUUCAGCUCUGAAACGGAAAGGAAUCAUUUGCAGAACUGCUGGACGCUAGAUAACGCCAAUGACACCCAUGUAACGAAUUCUGCAGGUGGCUCCAUCAAAACAAGAGACGGAACUGUAAACGAUACUAUCCUUGCAGGAGCAAACAGGUACCAGAUCAGUGCCUUUGGCACAGUAAUUUUGACCUUGAACAACAACAAAACUCCAUUCCAAAUCAAGCUGCUUGAGGUGCAUACGUACCUGGUUUUAUGACCAACAUUGUUUCUCUACGACGUCUGCAACGUGGCGUAGUACACUGCUACUCUGAGUUCCCAUUGCAGUUAACCCAUAAAGGCAAGCUGUAUGCCACACUGUAUGAACAAGGCCGCCACUAUGUACUGUCAAGAGACAAGCAGGUAGAGUAUUCAAUGCACAGCGCGCCGAUGAGAUCUGUCUCCAAAGCCUCAAACCUUUACUGCACAUGAGCUCCAUCUCGCAUUAGGCCAUCCGGGACCUGAUAUUAUUGAUCAAGUCAAUCAGGCAGCGACAGGAAUAGUGAUCAAUCACUGAGAACCAGCGCCAUCAACUAUCCAGUGCUCGUCGUGUAGUCUCGCGAAAGCAAAACAGAUCAUUUCCAGGUUUCCUGGGAAAAAGGAUAUGGAGAAUUGGAGUAUAUUCGACCGUGUGACGUGGGAUCUAAUCGUAAUAAAACCUGCGUAUAAUGGUGAUCAGUAUGCUAGCCAUUUUCAGUGCACAACUUGCCGACUUCAUAUAGUCUACACACACCGCACGAAAGCAGAAAGCGUUGAUCUGAUCGAGCAAUUCUUUGAGCUUGUCAAAACGCAAUUCAAAUCAAAGGUUAGGUUCUUCCAUUGCGAUGGAGAAACGACGUUGGGCAGACAGUUCGAAGAGAUCUGCCAACGUCGGGGGGUGAUUAUUGAGAAAAUAGCUUCCUAUACACUAGCUCAAAACGGCGCUUUAAAAAGAGCAGAUGCAAUACUAGUCAGAAAAGCCAGAAGCAUUUUAAUUGGCGCAAAAUUACCUGUAAGUCUGUGGAAGGAAGCUUUCAAGUGUGCAGCAUAUCUUGAGAACAGAAUCCCAAAGAAGCAAUUAAUGUAUCGCUCAGCACACGAAAUGACUCGUGGUCAAGCUCCGUCAUACGCUAACCUCCAUCCAUUUGGCUGUCAAGCCUAUGUGCUCAACAAGAGUAUUCCAAAGAAGGAAAAUAUGGAGCCACGAGCUCACAUUGAGUAUCUUGUUUGGUACGAUUCAUGCAACAUCUGGAGAAUCUGGGUUCCAAUACUUCAAAAGGUGAUCAAAUCGAGAGAUGUGACGUUCGAUAGAACGAAAUUCUAUGAAUCUAAAGCUCUAGACGUUGGGUUUACGCUAAUAAAAAAAGCACGGUACAAGUCGUGGUUGAGAUGCCGAUUGAGUUGAUUCAAAAUGAAGACGAUCAGUUACCGGAGGGUGAUGCGAUUAUAUUGGAUUACCAAGGUGUGCCUACGUUCCGCUACCCGAGACACUAAACGACAAUUCAACUAAUCACGAUUGAUAGUUCUAUCCUCUGGCGAUAUAAGGGCCGUUCCCACGAUGAUCAGGGUAAGGAUUCGUCAGUUAUUAAUCAUUGUAUUAGUAUGUGAUCUGUAAUAUCAUUUAUUGAUCUAGAUAAAUAAUAUAAAUAGAAUAAAUGAUUUUGAAGAAUAUUAUUAUUAUCUAUUAUAAUUCAUCAUAAGAAGAAAAAUUCUUUUUUAUAGAUUCAAAACAGUUAAGAUUGUUUAUUAAUUUUAUAAUUCAAAAAUAUAUCAAGAACAUCCGAGUCUUAAAUUUAUAAAAAUCCAAACGACCCACUUACAUAACGAUUUGUAGCGGAUCGACCAACCAAUCAGAGUACAGAAAAACCAGAUUACGAAUUAAGCGAGAACAUCCAGGACCCUACUGAUAGGACUCAUUCACCAACGACGUCAUCGCCAAACAUUGAAACAACGCCAAGAACAGCUACGCUGAUACCUUCAAAUACACGAAACACUGCAGAAAGAGCUGAAGAGAUUUCUGGAAACCUAUCAUCAACCAAUAUUCUACCAAACAUGACACUCACACCACGCACAUGUGGUUGAAAGUUCAAAUGAAUACUAUGCGGCAUUUUCAAUCUCAACAGCUAAACAACCAACAUCUAGUCAAGCCCACAGGCUCAGAGUCAGCGACUUACCUCCUCCUCCCAAGUCAUGGAAACACAUGCUCAAUCAUCUAUUUGCCAAGGAAUUCAAGGAAGCUGCUAGGCAAGAAAUUGACAACCUCAAGAAGAUGAACGCCUUUGUCUAUACGCACAAGUCCAAGAACACCUCAAAUCAGAAGCCACUGCCAUUAAUGUGGGUUUUUAUCUAUGAAGCAGACGCAGAUGACUAUCUUGACAGGUUCAAGGCACGAAUUUGUACUAGAGGUGAUCUUCAAACUACUGACCAAUAAGUCUAGUACCCCCUUUUUGGACCACCGAAAGCCAGCAGACCAUCCAAAGAAUCCAAAGCCUUCACACGCCAAAAGCGACCAGACGUUUCUUUCGCAUUGGAUCACAUCGGUUUGGGGCAGCCUGGUGACUUCUGUGAUUUUCGAGCUGCAAGCAGGUUUGGCCGAGACUCCAUCUAUUGCUGAGGAUUGAAUUACUUAUAUCUAGGUGCAAUAGAGGUUUUAAACUUCUUAAUUAAACUAAUUAUCUCUAGUAUGAGGACUAUUUUACUGUAGUUUUGUUUAUUAUAUUAAUACUUCUUUAAU